UCUUCUAGCAUGGAUGUUGGAGAGGCAGAAUCUGAGGCAGUUGCCCGAGCUACACUGCUUGUGGCAAAUAUGCUACAGAGGCCAGACCAAUUGCAGAAGGUUGAUCAGUACAGGAGAAGAGUUCAACGAAAGAAGGCAUCAGUGGAGGCCAUGUUGAAGACAGCGAUGCAGAGUCAGUUAGAUGGUGUUCGUACAGGACUCGGUCAGCUCCAGGCAGCCCUUAUAGACCUCAGAGAAAUCAAGACUUGUUUAUCAGACAUGGAGCUGAGUCUGGUAAGGGUGCCGGAGUUGAGUGAACGACUGUAUGAGUGUCGCGAAGAAUACGUCCGACACUCUCAAUAUGCUGCUGCCAUGGAGAACCUGAAACAUAUUUUUACUGUACCAGAGUCUGUUGAGAAGACACACAAAUGGAUCUCAGAAGGAAGGCUGCUCUAUGCUCACCAGUGUCUGAUGGACUUAGAGAAUAGCAGAGAUGACCUCUUGUUUGAGCUGCACAAGUUGCCUCACCAAAACCCUAAUGAUACAAGGAUGCUGAAAGAAUAUUUUGCUGAUGUACAAAAACUUUCAGAUGAUUUAGGCAAACAAGUUUGGAUCAUUCUUCAGCGCACACUCAACACAGUACGGAAAGAACCCACACAGAUUGUCACAGCACUGAGGAUUGUGGAGCGAGAGGAACGGGCUGAUCAGUUUGCUCUACAGCGCCAGAAAGGAUCAGGCUUUUUACCUCCUGGGCGACCCAAGAAAUGGAGAGAGAAGACUCUGGCAGUGCUAGAGGAAGCUGUGGCACAACGCAUUGAAGGAAACAUGUUUGAAGAUCGAGCAGCAAGUAAAAACUGGCUCAUAAAACAUUUAGAGGUGAUUCGGUUGCUUUUGCUGGAAGACAUGAAAGUGAUCCGCUCACUGUGUGUUCCGUGCUUCCCGCCACACUUUGACAUCACUAACCGUUAUGUACAGAUGUAUCACAAGAGUCUUGCUACUCAUGUUCUCAAAAUGGCCAAGGGGGGGCUGGAAGAUAACCAGCACGCGUCAUUACUGUCCUGGGUCCUCAACGUAUGGUGUGGGAAGGAGCUGAUGGGUUACCCGCCGCUAACAUCAACGUGCGGUCAAGCUUGACCGCUUCUGGAUAAUAAGACACUAAAUCUUAUAUCCAAGUAUCUCGAGAAUGUAAAUAACAAUUAUGAUUCCUGGAUGAGUAAGGCUUUAGAAAUUGAGGAGAAAGAAUGGUAUCGCUCUGAACCCCCCACAACAAGAUGCUGA